UUGAUAUGGCGUUUAUGCUCUCCAAUUAAUGUCUGGCCGAAGUGUCCUCUUUUUCUCCCUAUCAUUUUUCUAUAUGGUGCUUGCCUGUUAAAAUUUGUUGUGUCGUUGUUUUCUUUGUGAAAUCGAUGUAUAUUUCUUAUUAAAUUGAGUUUAAUUAUGGUGGUAUUUUCACUCACGUUAAUUCGACAUGGAGAAACUGCUCAUAAUAAAGAUAAUGUGAUUCAAGGCCAACUAGAUGUACCGCUAUCACAAACAGGUCUUCAACAAGCCGAGCUCUUGGGAGUUCACUUGCAAUAUCAGCAAUAUAGUCAUGUCUACGUCAGUGAUCUAACUAGAGCUAAGCAAACAGCUGAAAGUAUUAUUCGACAGAAUAAAUCAUUCAAAGCUACUCUUCAUCAUGACUGGCGUUUGAGAGAAAGGAAGUUUGGUAAUGUUGAAGGCAAAAGUUUUAAGUACCUGAGAGAAGCAGCUGAAAAAUCAAAUCUAGCUGCAGGCCAGUAUACACCACCCGGAGGAGAAACUAUUCAACAGGUUCAUGAGAGGGCUGUGUCAUUUUUUAAAGAUCUUUGUGAAAUGGUUAAAGAAUGUCCUGAUUUGCCAACUAUUAAUCAAACUACUGCCAAUGGUUCACAUGAUAAUGGAAAACUAAGUGGACAAAAGCGAAAGUGGGAAAAUGGUGAAAAUGAUUCAAGUUGCAAUAAUGAAGUAGAAAACAUUAGUAAAGUUCAUGUAAAAGAAACUUUAAAUGUUGAUGCAGCUGGAGCUUCUUCCACUGUUAAAUCUAAUAAUGGAAUUGAUAAUGUUAAAAAUGGUGCCUCAAAUCAAUUUGAAAAAAUUGCAGAACGCAGUAGACCAACAUUAGAUGUAGAUUCACUUCAAAAUGGUGGUUUGAAUGAAAAAGGUCCCUUUUCUGCUAUGUUUACAGAUGAUGACAUAAGAUCACAAAUAAUGUCAAACUGUAAUGAUAUUCCUAACAUAGAGUGUCCAAAUGUUUCGCUGUCCCCGCUGGUAGACCAAAAUUUUAUAUCGUUGCCUGUUUUUUCACUACAAGAAAAAAACCAAGAUUUAGAGCAAGAACGACGUCUAUCUGUUUGUAGCUCAUGUGAUGAUGCUGACAGUGGCCCUACUUUGAUGGCCAAUAUAUUAGUAGUUAGUCAUGGCGGGUGGCUACGAGAAUUAUUUCGACAUUUUGUUGAAGAUCUAGAUUGCUCUGUUCCUGGUGGUAGAAAACAGGCUUUGCGUAUUAGCCCCAAUGCGGGAUUAUCCAAAUUUACUGUUUCCUUAGAAGAUCAUGAUGGCCAUCCGAAAAUAAUUUGUCUUCAGAUUCACGAUAAGCAACAUUUAGUUUCAACCUGCUACAAUAAUAAAAUUUUAAGUCCAGAUGAAGUUGCAUUGUAAACUAUUUGAGGCAAAAUUAGGUGCUUUUAUGAGUUCUUUUUAUAAUGAAUGUUGGGUCUGUUUAGUUUUUCAGAAGCAUUGCGAAUAUUCUUAGCUAUUCAUUUGUAAAUGUCUCAUUAAAAAAGUGUAUAACUUGUUUUAAAUUGUCUAAUUUACAUUCUUUGUUUAAAAGGAGAAUUAUGUUGUGGCAUGUGGGAUAUUAAAAUAUUUCUCAAGUUAAAAAACUGCACUUUCAAAGUUUAAAAUGUGAUGGAUAUUAAUUAGUUAGGUAUUCAAUUUUCUAUCUAUUGUACAAACCAAACAUUUGUAUAACUGUGUAUCUUAGAAACUUAGAAUGUGUUUUAUAAUAGGAAUUUCAAAUAUAACUUUUAUCAAUUUUUAAUUCUAAGUUAUUUAAAAUGUCUCAGCUUAGAGUAUGAUUUGGUGGAGAAUAUUCAUCAGUAUGUUCCAAAUUACUCAUUUUUAUUAUUGUCAUUCUUACAUGUUACUCAUUUUUGUUAAGCUGUUUCUAAAUGUGUAAGCUCUUUAUGGUAUUAAGUAACUUAGAAAAAAUUAACUUGCAUAGAUUCUAAUCGAAAUCAAGUUCAAAUAUCAACAAUUAUCAGGUUAAAGUUAAAAUAUGCUUAUUGUACUUAACCUUAAAAUAUUUAAGACAGUGGAAAGUCCUGUAUCUAGAAUCACAAAACUUCAGCAAGUCUGAGAAAUAGAUUUUUCUGGAUAGUAGGUCUUUAAGGAUAACAAAGAUAAAAACAUACAUCAAUAUUUCUAUAAUAAUAUUUUGUUUGUUAAAUGACAUUUAAAUAACUAAAAAAUAUUUAAUAUAAUGAAAUAAAUGUCAACAAUAAAAUAUAUCCUAAAAAUGGAAAAGCAAUCAGUUGAACUUUUUCUUUCAUGAAUAAAAAUCCAUUUCUCUCCUAUGUAUUAUUUCUUUCAAUUGGUUUGAAGAAUUAGCGCAGAUAUUAAAUUUAAAUCAAAGCAAAGCCUAUCUGCAGGUGUUUCUCUCAAACAAUUAAUAACAUUCAGCUUCAUUUAAUAUUCAUAACAUAUUGCUUUCAUUGAAGUUGGUUUUUCUGUAACUGCUCUUGUCUCUUCAACAACUCAUUAAAGCUGUAUAUUAUCUAACUAUCAUAAACACAGCAAAAGGAAGAAAGUGAAGAAAAAAUUUUUUUUGUGUAAAAUUGUAGAACAAAUCAAGAACAGAAAAGUAGGAAAUAUUUUUAUAUUUUAUUUUAGAAAAGAUGAAGAGAUUUAUUUAUUUGAUUAUUGAAAAUUGUCCAAAAAAUAGACUUUUCUCCGGUAAAUGGACAGCCAGAAAUGGGACUUAGUACUGUAUAUAGAUAAUGCAUAGCUAUUUACAUUUAUACUUACUGCGGGAGAAUUUUCUCAAGUGUAUUAAAAUAAUUGAAGUUAGGAAAAAUAUUGUUAAUUUCACCAGUCCUUAAAAAACAUGAUUGUGUGAUUUAUAAAUAGUUGCCGCCCUAACUGGAUUUUGUCACAUUCAACUUGUCCUCUACUUUAAGUUCUGCUUUUUGUAUAUUUUAGAAAAUUUCUUGAUAUAGUGUAAAGUCCUGUUUCGUAAUUUUUUUGGGCUUCCUGCCACAAAUCUCUCUAGCACUAAUGUCUUUCUGCUAGAUAAUUUUAAUAACAACAAAUAUACAUGUUACUAAUUAAAUUUAAAGUAACAGAAAUGUUGUGUUUAUAAAAAAAAUAAUAAUCUAUUCGAAUAAAAUAAAAUUGUAUUUAAUUUUUAAAUGAAUAUGUAAUAUUUUUUAUUAUUCUAAUAUAUGUGAGAUUCUCACAUAUUGUAAGAAAAAAACUCACUUAUUUUAUCCUUUUUCGCAUUCUCUGAGCCCUAUCACAUCAACAACAACAAAAAAGUUAGUAAUCCGUAGCAGUGACUACUGAAGAAAAAAAAAAUCGACAGCGAAAUCGCACGAAUUAAAUUAUAUCAUAUUUGAAACACGGUAUUUCAAAAACAGUGUGAAAGAAAUGCCCCCCCCCCCUUUAAAAAAAAGCGAUAUAAUCAUUGCUUUAAAAAUUAAAUAUUCAUAAGCACAAUUCUAAUUUCCCAAUCUGUCAAAAAUAUAUUGUGAUAUAGAAAAACCAUGUGAAAAUCAAUAACUGCAAAAAAUACAAUUUGAAGCACUGGAUGGAUUUGCGAUAGUAUUUGCAAAAACAGAGAUACCAACUGCUCUGGACACACCAAAAUAAUUUUAAAAAUGGUAAAUAACUACAAACUAAAUUUUGCAUGUAUUUGACUAUUUUUGCUUGCUUUUUAAAAGGUAUAGCAUGACAUAACUACUCUAAAGUGGUGAAUUAUAUAAGCCUACAAAUUAUUUCGAAAUAGUGGUGGAUAAAAGUCUACUUAGUUAAAUUUAUUAAACCUAGAAUCGCAAUUGAUAAACUACCACUUUAAAAUAUUUAUUUGCUGUCCGGAGCAAAUUGGCAUCUUUGCGUAAAGUAAGCGCAUCAAAAAGUGAUUAUUUAAUUGCGCAAUUUGAAUUUUACGUAAAAAAAUAAUAUUACCUAAAAAAUAACCAGAAUUUUAAAAUACCCAUAGAAUUAAGUAUCACUAUCAAUAAAAAGUAAAAAAAAUGACAAUCAUCCCAUUAAAAAUAAUUAAUUGAUUUGAGUUUUGCUUAUAAUUAAUUUAUUAAAAUAAACAUCAGGAUAUGUAUAUUUUUUUAAUGUGAAAUUUCGUAGCAAUAACUGUCGUAAGAACGAUUCAAAUACCGCGUGGAUUAACAAGAAUAUCGGCGCAAAACUAGCGUGUUGAAGAAUGAUUUCUUAAAUCCGUAACUCGAAUUUUGCAUUAUGCAGUAAUAUCGGUAUAUUUCAAAAAUUCCCGAGAAGAUAUGGAAUAACUGAGCAAUAAAGGGCAUCCGGAUUUCGAAAAAGCAAAACAAAAAUUCCUAGCAAUAACUAUCGAAGGAACGAUUGAAAUACCAUAUGAAUUCUACCACAGGGAUGCUAAGUUUCUGAAAAAUCCUCAACAAGAAUAUCGGUGCAAAAUGAGUGUGUCAAAAAAUGAUUUCUUGAAUCCGUGAUUCGAAUUUCGCGCGCCGUAAUGAUAUUGGCAUAUUUCAAAAAUUCACGAGAAUAUAAUUAAUAACUGAGCAAUAACAAAGCAUAUAAUUCGUAGCAAUAAUUGUCGAAAGAACGAAUGAAAUACCGCUUGGAUUAUUGGUGCAUAAUGAGCCACAUCAAAGAAUGAUUGCUGGAGGGAAAAAAAUCUCUCAACAUUUCUGCAGAAAAGAAAUUUUUUACUCCAUUAUUCUAUAUUUUACAUUCUUCUCAAAUAAGAAUAGAAAAAUCACUAACAUUUCUUUCCCCUCUGAUGUGCAAAAAAGGCAUCUUUUAAACAUAAUUUUAGAGAUCAAAAAUUUCUGCAGAAAAGAAAACCAAAAUUCUUUCUGCAAGAACUCCGUAACAUUAUGCGACAAUGUCACCGCGAUUCUGCCACGGGUGUAAAGUUUCUGAAAAAAUCCUCAACAAUUUUUUUUCACUCAAUUUAUCUCUUCUUUAGUAAUUUAAUGUAUCAUUCCAUGAUCAUUUGUGGGACAUUUUCUUAAUGUAUUGUAUCAUAAUAUAUUUAGUAUUUAAAAAAAAAGAAAAUUUAUAUAAUAAAUAGGAAGUGAAUAUAUUUGUAUUUUUUUAGGAGUCUUUUUUUGAAAGUCUUCGAAAACAUUAUUUAUUGCAAUUAAAUCAGUCUCAUGUUGGGUGAAGCUGAUUCAUUAAAAAAAAAAUUAAAUAUUUUAAUUCAAAUGAGUUAAAAAAUGAUUUGAUGAACAUAAUUUUUUCCAUAAGAGUAUACUAAAACUACUGCAAAGAAUUUACAUAAGUUAUAAGUCAUAUCUUUAUUGCAAGUGUUGAAUAAUUAUCUUUGUUAUUGUGUGCUAUAGCCUAUAUGUUAUUCAAGAUAUUCUUGAAACCAUCUAAAUGGAAUUUAUUAUCUUUUGCUAUUUAAAAUUAUGAAUUAAAAAAUGUAAUAAAAUUUUUUUUAAAUCAAUUUAGUCAGUCACAAACAAAAAAAAUCUUUAUUGUCAAUUUAAGUUUGUAAAGUUUGUAGUUUUUGUGUUUCAGUUCCCUUUAUUGAUCAUAAAAUUUCCUCUGUGGGGAAUAAUUUACAUGUUGCAUUAGUGUGCAAUAAAUGUUCGAUUGCAUUGUAAAAUCUACUGUACUUGCCUAACUCAUAGGUUGAAAAAAAUCUGGUUCUGUUUCUACGUUGAACAUUGUGAUUGUUAAAGAGUUAUGCAUUUCAGAGAUAUAUUGAAUUGGAAUUUUGGUCUCUUAAAAGUGCAUUUGAUUUUAUGUAGUUUUUAAUAAUUUAUUAAAUUUUAUCUGGAAAUAAAAAUGAAUUUUUUAUAUUAAAAAUUUACUUGUGAAUAUUGAAUUAACAGAAUUUCCAUAGAUUGAAAAAUGUCAAUUGGAGAAAUUAUUAUAUGGGGCAAUGUUAAUUCCAUGAAAUGUUUUUUUUUUUAAUAUAUUUAAAUUCAUAUGACUUUUUAAAAAAGUAUUUAAUCAACUUUUUUUUUUCUUCGUAAAAAGUAUGCUAAAAGUACUGCUAUGAAUUUGCAUAAGUUAUGUUGCAAGUCAUCUUUAUUGCAAAUGUUAAAAAAUAAUAGUUUUUGUGUAGUUUUAUAACCUAUAUGUUGUUAUAGAAAUUGUUGAAACUUUCUAAAAGGAAUGUUAUCCUUCACUAUUUAAAAUUAUGAAUUUGAAGUUAUAAGAAAUAUUUUUUUUAAUCAAUUUAGUCAGUCAGAAACAAAAAAAUUUUUUUUGUGAAUUUUAAUUUAUAAAUUAUUAUAUAUGUGAUAUAGUUAUCGUGUUUUUGUUCCUUUUAUUGUUUAUAAAAGUUUCUUUGUGGGGAACAUUCUACUUGUUGCAAUUGUUUCAUAAAACAUUUUAUAUGUUACAGUAUUGUGAAAUCUAUUGGAUUAAUUAAACUCAAAAGUUGAAAAAAUCUGGUUUCAUUUCUAAGUGAACUUUGUGAUUGUUAAAAGGUGAUUGAUUGUCAAAGAUGUAUUGAAAUUGAAUUCAUAAGCUGAUCCAUUAAAAGAUAAAUUCUUCAUAUUAAAAAUUUGCCAGUUAAUGUUGAAUGAUUAGCAGUUUCCAUGGGUUUUAGUUUAUAAGUGCCUAUCUUUAUCUUUUUUCUAACAAUGAAAUUUUGCAUUUAAUUUCAGUUUAAAGUCAGCUUGGCUAAAAAAAAAAAAAAAAUAAUAAGCUAAUAACAAAGUUCCCUGAUCUCAAUUUUUUCUUGUGCCUGAUAUUAUGUUUUCAGUAAACAUUUAAAGGGAAAAAAAAAUUUAAAGUGUUUUUUUUUUUUAAGCAUUGAAAUGUAAACAAUAAAAAUGCUAAGGAAACCUAUAAAAACAUUUGAAUAUUUGGCUUUUGAUUCCUAUCCAAUAAGUUAUAGUUUAUUUUCACUGCCUAAAUUUUAAGAUUGAUUACUUUUUUCUAACACUUUCUAAAUAGCUAAUGUUAGCCAAUAGUAAGUAAACAACUUGUACUUGGAUUCAGAACUUUAAGAUAAUUUUAUAAGGAACACACUAAAUAUCGCAAGAAAUAGGCCUCAAAUUGUUCUCUUCAUCUCGCAAAUGUAAUUUUUACAUCUUGCCUACUUUUGUAGGGUGACUAAGUAUUAAAUGUGAUAAAAAAGAAUGAUCAGUUUCGACCCAAUGUCUGAAAAUAUCAUUCCCAACUUCUUGUGAGCAUUUUAGUUUCUGUUAUUAUGCAUUUUAUACUUCAUAUUUUUCAGGACACUGGGAACAAGCAUUGCUUUAAGUAUUUUCUGCAUUUUUAUGUUCAGACUGACUUCUUCAACAGUUCAGUGUAUGGUUCUUUUCGGUUUGCAGCAAGCGUAUAAUAAAUUUCACAUUUUGAUUAUUCAUACUUAGACAUAUUUUAUGUAUUUCAGGAUGCUUUCAAUUUUUAAGAAAAAUCUGCAAACUUUUUAAUUUUAAGUACUAUGUAUCCCAUUCUAAUAAAGAGAAGCAUUUAUUUCCCAUCUCUUUCUAAAGGUAUUGUAUUGUAAAAUAAUACUUUAUCAUCAAAAAUUUGUUAAGAAUGAAAGAUACAAAGGAAUUAAAAUAUCAAAAAUUUAACGUAUAUUCCAAGACAGGGCAAAAUAAUUCCUAUGAUUUUGCCCAAACACUUGUGUAUUAGUAUUAUAAGUAGGGGGAGAGGGAGUUUGUGUGGACUUUGGGCUAAUUUGGACAUCUUGAAUCAUUUUUUUAAUUUAUUGUACAAAUUGUCUCAGUGAGAUAUCGUAAAUUGGCAUGCACUUCCAUGUGUAGUUACAUAAUCACACUGAAUACUUUAGCAGAAAUUUGUAAAAUAAGGUUUUUGAUGUGGAAAAGUAACUUUCAAAUAUUUUAUUUUCUGAAUUUCUACUAAAGGUUAUAAAUAUUAUUUUUUGCCUUUUUCGAUAUUAAUUUUUAUUCUGUAUAGUUUCAAUUGUUCGGUAUUACUCAAAGAUAUGUUUUCAUAUGGCUAUUGUAGACAUGUGGUUGGGCUCGUGUGGACAUGCUUUAAGUUUAAUUUUUCAUUUAUAAAUAAGCUACUUUAGUUUUUUUUUUGUUUUAAGUCACAAUGAUGCUAGAUGAAUAUGAAUAAAUUGAAAUUUCUUAACAGCACAGACUAAUUAGGAGUUAAAAACUUUGUGUUAGUCUUUUUUUUUCUUUUCUUUUUGAAGGAAUAAAACAGUGUUGUACAUUAUGUGAAAGGGGAAAUUGUCUAUGUAAAUCAUGAUCUUCAUUUAUUUUUAAAAAAAAAUUAUGGCUCUUCUAAUCAUAAAUUUUUCCUUUUUUUAAAAAAAGAAAAAAAGCUCUCAAAUCUCAACAUAAGAAAUAGUUAAACUUCCAUAGCCAGUAGCUGAUCAGCCCAACCAUAGCCAUAGCAAACUUCUAUAUUACCAGAUCUGCACCUCAAUACACAUUUAAAAUUGACAUUUUAAUAUUUUUUGAUAGAAUAAAGAUAGAUUUCAAGAUAUCUAUCAUAAACCAAAUUGAAUAAUGGUUUUCAACUAUAUCCAUUUGCAUUCCAACUGCAUAUCUGAUUAUAGUGAAAUGCUUUAUUACAAAUUAGCAUUUUUAUCAAUAUUUAUUCUCCAAUAAGGCUUAGAUUGAAAUUAAUUUAAUUUUGGCUUUAUAUAUACCUUUCUAAAGAGUAAUAAAUGGCUACUUCACAAGUCAUCAGGUUUGUUCCUACUAGCCUCAAAGCUUGUCCACACUAGCCUCAUGUAGUAGGCUAGUGUUGACAAAAACAAUCCUAUUUAAAAAAAAAUUUAUGGAAAAGCUAAAUUAGUAAUUCCAAAUAUGAACUUAGAAUGCAGGGAAAAGUUCAAACUAUUGUUGAAAAAAAUUCUAAAUAUAUUAAAAUUUUAUUUAAUAUGGCUCUUAUCAAAUUUGUAAAAGAUGUUGACACUAACCCCCUCUAACAUAUUCUAAAACUUAAAAAAAAUAAUUAUGCUAUUGUGAAUUGUAAUUGUUUCUCAUUUAAUUAGCAAUAGGUAAACAGUAAAAUUUUUGAUUUUUCCUAAUAGGUAUAACAGUGAUAUUUUUGUUAAAAAAUGUUUAAAAUUAUGUAUUUCUCUAUAAAAAAUCUCUUAAAGUGUUCUGUCUAAAACCCCAUUUUUUUAAUGACUAUAAAAAAAAUACCCUCCUGAUUCUUUAUUGUAUUGAAUUGUAAAAUUAUCAGGUCUACUUGUCCGAAAAAAUAAAUACUGGUAAUAAUAACAUUUAUUUCUUUUUGUACAAAAGAAAUGAAGGUAUUCAUUACUAUAAUUAGUUAUUAAUGAUUUUGAAGUAAAUUUACAUGGGAGAAAGUGCAUAAUCUCUAUGUUGUAAAAAAAAAGGUGAUAAUAAGUAGGUUUAUUUCUCCCAAAUAAAGAAAAAAUAAAAUAUUCUUACUACCAGCAUUUUGUCUUUUCCGGACAAAUAGCAACUCUGUGUUAAGUGAACAAAAUUUGAGUUGGCAAAAAUGGUGAUUUUACUGUAAAAAAUUCUUGAAAUUUGCAAAAACAUUUCCCGCAGAAAUUCUUUCAUGGCACCAAAGUUUUGGCUCUUAAAUAAAAGCAUUGCGAACCUAAGAGCCAUUUUCUCCAGUUAUGACUUUUUGUUAAAUUGAGACCAUUUUCAAAAUUGCCCUCUCAUUGUAGUUUUUGUUCAAAAAAUUUUUAAAAAAAAUUCUUUUAGACUUUAGCCUUUUCAUAAAAAUCUGACAUGAUGGCAAUGGCUGUUGUUCUACAGGGAAUGAGCCCAAAAUGUGUUUUUUUUUAUAUGCUUUGCAGGCAAUUAUCUUUUGAGUUAUGUUUUUUUUUCUUGUAUCAUUAUUUAUUUUGUAUUGUUUUUUCCUAAUUAAGUAUUUUGUAUAUUUUAAAUUAAAAAUCAUGAAAUUGGUUUAGUUACUUGAUUAAAAUUUAAAAAAAUUCUAAUACUAAAAGGUUCAGCCUCUGCUCGCUAUAUAACCCACCUAUAUGCUCAUCCUAUAACUGCUUAAGCUGUACCUUUUUCGUAGACUGAACUCACUUUUUAUACUUCCCCAGUACCUCCAAUGCUGAUGACUAUUGAUUGCAUGUAUUUUAAAAAUGCUAUAUUUUUAUUUAAGAUUACAUCAUUAAAAUUGAUUUUACAUUGUGUACAAACAAAUGAAAAGAUAAUUGAACAGUGAAUAAGGUUAAUAAAUAUAAUUUUUGUAAGAAUGUGAUUUCAAAUAACUGACUUUUUUAAAAAAAAGUUUUAAAUAUGGAUGAUAUUCUAUGCCAGGAUGCUCUGUAUUACUCACAAACUCCCCAAACUGCUUCAGAUUUUCAUUUCAUUCCAAAUAUUCAUUUAGUAAUCAAAAUUUGCUCUUCACUUUGAUAGUCUUAGAUACCCAUAGAAAGAUAUUGAAGUCUUUAAUUAUUUGACAACAGUGAAACCAAAUGAUUCUAUUUGUCUUAACAUUUGGCUACUGAUUAGUAAUGCUUGCAGACUUGUCAACUUCUGCUUUCGAAAGGAGUCUUUUUCUCUUAUUUAUCAAGUGGUAGGAAAAUGUAUACUUCAGCAUUUCAUUUUUUGAUUAGUAAAUUCAUUUUUCAGUAAUUUUUACCACCACUUUAUAUAAUCAUUUUAAACAAAUAUCCAAGACCUUAUAAUUGUGCAAUGAAGUUUUUAAGUACUUGCUGAAUGUGAGCUGUGGAGAUAGUCAACAAGAGUUUUGCAGGAGUGUGAAAAAUUUCUGUGAUUCCGAUUCCGCUUAUUUAAAAGGUUAAUGGACUUUUGAGACUUAAGACGUUUGACUUAAAAGAUGUGAAUUCUUUGAUUUUUAUGAAAAUUGUUUAGACAAAUAUUUAUUAUUAUAUGAAUAAAAAAAUUAUUUUAUUGCAUAUUAUAAAAAAUCUUUGAAUGGUUCUGAGCUUAUGUUUGAUUGAACUAUUGACAAAUAAAAAACAGAAAUAUUAUUGAAGCUAUUGAAAAAUCAAUAUUAAUAAAUAUCUUUUGAUUUAUUUCUUGUAAAAUUAAUUACAAAGGUAAUGCAUAUAUUUAUUAACUGUAUAAGUUGUUAUAGUUACUUAGUUUAAGAAUAUUCACUUAAUAUUCUUGAUAUAAGAUAGUAAUAAGUGUUUAUGGAAUGGUUUUGCACAAUUUUAAUGUUUUGUAAUAAUAAAUUUGUUAAAAAAAACUUUUCUCAAUUGUUAUGUUUCAAUGUAAUAUUUAAUUUUUACUAAAAUACUGUCAUGUCUAGUACAUAACGAAAUAGAAAUAUGUAAUUUAAAAUUAGGAUUUUCCUUAGAAUAAUAUUAAUUCUUUCUUAGGAUUCAGUGAAAAUUUUAAUAGCUUAGAAGUCAGAGUAGGACUCUUAGAAAGAUCCUGAGUUGAAUAUUUUCCACAAUUUACUCCAGCUCUGUUUUGGACUGUAAACUGGCUCUAGGACUUUCUUUUUUCAACUGAUAUGUUGAUUCAGGUGGGGUUAUAAAAGCACCCUACAAUGAUUUUAUUAGUUAAUAUUUUUUUAUUAUUCAGUUUAUUAAAAAUUAGCUUGCUUAUUUAUUAAUUUGUAUUAUAUUUAUUGUUUUAUAUUUGUAUUAGUGUGUUGAAAAUAAUUAAAUUUGAUUGUUUUUUAGAUUUAAGCUUUACGAAACAUCAGUUUUCUGAUAUUUUUUUUAAAAAAACAGUUAUAUUUUAAAUUUCCCUUUUGGCGUUGUUAAGAAUAUUUAAUUCAGCAAUUUUGCGUUGUCUUUAAUGUUUAAGGAGUUAUUUUCAAGUAUUAGCUAAAUAUACUUCCAUUAUAAGAGUUAAGAAUAUAAACAUUUAAUAUUGCACAAUCCCACUUCUCUUGCCUUUCACAUAUCUUGUGAAAACUAGCCAGCUGCAUUUCCCAGCUUCUAAAAAUUUGUCUGAGGUUUUGCGACAUGUUUAGUUAAAUUUUCAUAAUUAAACCAAUUGAAAUUUUUUUUGUGAUGAUGCAAAUUACAGUUUUACUUUAUCUGUUAAUUUUUUAUGCAGUUUUAUUUUAGAAUUAAAGAUAUGUUUGAAUAAGUGGUAAAAUUUUUGUGCAAUUAUUUUCUGUUCUACUAAACAUCGCUUAAAUUCUUUUUAAAAAGAAAAAUAUUGGAUUUUCGUAUAAACUAAUGAUUUUUUAUUAUCUUAAGUGUCUACCGUUAUUAUGCUCUUUUUAACCUUAAUAAGUAAAUCAUAAACUUCUGUUUGUAAUCAUUGAGAAUUAUGUCAAACAUGCCGUUUAACAGUUUCUUUCAUUUUGCCUUUAGUUAUAAUGAAAAGCCUUGCUAGAUUAGCAUCUAUUUUCAUCUAAAAUAAUUUUUACAAUUUUAUUACGAUUAUUUGGUGUUUGAAGUAUACUUAAUGAUUAAAUUUAUCUAAAUAAAAUUUAAAUAUGUUUAUUAGUUUGAGUUGAAAAAGUUGAAAGUAUCUGAAACCUUCUAGCAGUAGUUGUCAAUUACCAUAGUUGGAAAAUGCUAAAUUUUAUAAUUCUGAAUUGUAAUGUUCUACCUCAAUUUUUGAAUUAUAAAAUUUGGCACAAGAUAUCAAUUUUGAGUUUUAAAAUUUUGCAUACUUCUUAAUGAUAGUUGACAAUUUUUUAGCACUAUUACUUAAAGAUUUAAGAAACUUACAUUUUUUAACCUGCCCUGUUUAUGGUGUAAUAAAUGACAAUUAGUUUCUUUAUUUGGUACUUUUUGUGUCUAAAAAAGUAUUUUAUUUAUUUUUUAGUUUAUCAUAUUUCUGCUGUUGAAAAAGUGUAUGUCAUCAUGUUAAAAAGUUUUUAAUUUUCUUUGAGUGUGAAAUUUGGUUUUGAUUUGUUUAUUCUAAUCUUCACUUCUGUAGAUUAAAUUGCAAAGAAAUUCUAUUUAAAAAAUGGGAUUUUUGGGACCUUUAUUUUAAAUUUCGCAGCUGUAUUUUGCCCUAUACUCAAUAGCGACGUGGACGUAAAGGUUAAGUCUCUAAAAAAAUUUAUGAUAUAAAAAUAAACAAAAAAAAUUUUAAUAAAAAUAUGGAAUUUAUUCUAUUCUGAUGAAUCCUCACAAAGAUUAAUUGGGUCUGCUAUGAAUUGUUCUAUUCAAAAUUUAUGUGAACCCUCUGUUGUGUAUUUUGUAUGAUUUCCAUGAGAAUAUUUAAAUUAUUUAUGAGGUUAAAACCUUCAACUUCUUUUCACCCUAAAUAUACUCCUAUGCUCAAACUUGUUUUUAGUUAUUUAUUUUACUAAUUUUAAACUAGUUUGUAUAAACUGACGUAGAGCUUUAAGAAUGAAUAUUUUAAUUCCAAAUUCUAGCUCAAAACUGUAAUUGAAUUAUAAAAUUUGAUUCAAAAUGUGUAAAUCUAUUAUUUGUAUAUAAGAAACACAGAAUAUAAAGAACAGGCUUUUUAAAGAGCUUUAAGAAUGUUAAUGGCAAUAUAAGAUUGGAAGUCUAUGGAAGAGAUUUUUUAAGAAUGUUUCGAUUGACUGUUUUUUGAUGUAGAAUAUCCAUUUUAAAUAUUGGAGCUUGAGUCUUUAGUUUUUAUAAAAAUUAAAAAAAAAAUUAAUUGAAUUAUAGUUGAUUACAAAUUGAAGCAUUGUCAGUUAUAAAUUACUUGCAACUAAUAAAUGUUUGCAAAUGCUUAUUUUCAAAUAAAUGUGGCUUUAAUCAAGCGUAUGAUAAUUUUCUGUAUUUUAUCAUUUUUAAUUUUUUUUAGUUUAAUCAUAUUUUUACACAUUCAGAAAACUUGUAAUGUGUCUAUAUUUUCUCUGCAUAAAAUAUUGUAGUAUGAUAGUGUGGUUAAGAUUGUAUGCUUUUCAAAUAAAGGAUUUCAUUUAUGUAAAAUGUAUAUCAUUUGUGUAAAAUGAAAGUAAAACUCUCUGCUUCAUAAAAAAUGCAAUAUACAAAACAUUGAAACUUAAACUUCUUAAUUUGCACUGCAGCAUUAUUGAAACAGGAUUAACAAUAGUCUCUGAAAAAUUUCUUGAAAAGUCUUCCUAGUAAACUCCUGAAAAAGUUCUCAAUUUAUGAAACUGUAUUAAUGUCUUUAAAAUGUGCUAUUUUUUAAAUUUUUUUCAUUUUGAAUUAUCUUAGUAUGUUUUUAUUUUUGGCCUCCUGCAAAUGUUUUUAAUAGUGCAAAAAUUGAAAAUUUUAAACAAAUUCCUUAUCUUUAUUUGACUAUAAACCUUAUUAAAUGAAAACAAGUAAAAUUUUGCCAUACCUGGUUGAAAAAGUUUAAGAAAUAAAAGUUUUUAAAUCUCUUCCUGUUAAUCUCAAUAUAAAAUCAGUCUACUUCCAGGUUGUUAUAAUUAAAGUUUCCUUGUUUAGCAGAACAUAAUUUACUCUGCUGAUGAUAUUCGAUGAAACUGAGUAUAAACAUUAAAUUGAAGAGGAAAAAAUAAAUCUGCCAUUAAAGAAAAAAUUAGUUCACAUUUCUACCACCAGGUGAUUAAACAGCAUUUCAAAAAAACAAACACCAAUGAUGACUUAAAACUUUUUUUAAUAUGUUCAUUGUGCAUUCCAUCUUUUUGCAAGUUCCAAAUGCAAUUUAACAUAUUCAACUAUAACAUGAGGGGUAUUUGAGGUAGUGCAGAAACAUGAUAUUAUACUUACUUUAAAUUCAGUUAUAUUUUAAAGCUUCUUCUGUCCUCUUCUUUCUAAGUCUUUAAAUUUACUCACCUUUUUUUAAUUCUUUCUCCUACAUCGGCCAAAGGCAGAAUGAAUUUAUGACAAUAACUGUCUUUUUAUUAUGCUUUAAAUUGCAAUAAGGUCCUUUUGUCAUACAUGAAAAGUGCAAUCUAUCAGUUUAAAUGUAAAAAAAAAAAAAAAAUUUCUCGUGGUUUAUAUAAUGAUAUGCCAAGUUUCAUUGACAUUUCACCAAAGUGAACUGUAUUGGUUUAAAAAGUAACCUUAUUGCCGCUGUGUAUAUUAAAGUGAUAGUUAAUAAAUAAUGCUUUCAUUAAAAAACAUUCUCUGAUUUAGUAACACACACAUUGUGGUAAAAGUUUAAUAAAAUAUUUUGCCAUUAUAUUUCUAGUGCGUGCUAGAAGAAAGUUAUUUAAAACUAUAUUGUUGAUUUGUGCAAAACUGCUUAUUGUUUAUGUUAUUUCAUGAGAAUUUAAAGAAAUUGUAUUUAUGUUCUUGCUUUAACUCCUUUAGAAUAUAAUUGAAAUGUUUGAAAUCUUUAAUAUUUUUGUAAUCUCUUAUAGUUUUGUACUUAUAAGUUAAUAUACAUUGUCACGUCAUUUACUUUGUUCAUGUGCUGUUUAAUUAGAGGAUGAGAGAAUAUUAUCAUUUUGCUUAAAGCUGGCGUAUCAGAAUAGCAUGCUAAGUAAAAAGGCAAUAUUUUGUUUAUCUAGCUCAUUAUAUUUAUUAUGAUUCAUUGCAUUUCUUUUCAUUAUCUUAGUAACCAAGACGUUUUUGUGUUUUCGAUUUUUAUUAAUAAACAGUUUGAUGACUGAAA